CGUCCAAAGCUAAACUGGUGAGCAUCUUAAAGGUUUUGAGAUAAAAAGUGACCAGUAAAACGACGACGGGGAAAAUCGCAUUUGAAACAAUUUCCUGAUUCGCAAUUGGACCCCAGACCUCCACGGCGACACAUUUAUGCUGAUUGGCCAUCAUGACUGACUGGAGCUCAGAAGACGUCAAGGCCUGGAAAGAGAAGGCGAGGGAGGAACAACAGUAUUUCUGCCAAGUUCUUGGAGACCGCGACUACGACGCGUACAAAUCCGACGAGAUACAGUAUCUAGAUCUCAAAAUCGGGAACGCUAUGUUUGGACCCCCCAAGAACGUUGACGAAAACCAAAAUGAAGUGCUCUUAACAAACUACGAAGAUGAGCAACAGAAAUACAUUGCGAAAAUUCGUGAUUUGAUCUUGACUAAAACUGGAAGUGAUUACGUGUGUGUGGCUUUCAUCUUUCUUUCCAUCAAGCAACUUGACAAGCAUUACCAAAUGCCCGUCAUCCGGCUACUGGACAAGGAUGGAAAUAAAGUGUAUUUCGUCGACCAUCUAGCUAGAAUUUACGACGGAUGGAAAGAUUUUUCAUCCAAUAACUACCUUCCUCAGUGCAUCUACUGUUACCCAGAGAACGGAGAGUACCGGGAAGACGAUGAGGGCAAUGUGAUCUUAGGUUACGACACAUCGCCGAGUUGCGACUUUGGUAAACGAGUUGUUCAGGUUGCAGAUGUUACCAACAUCGUCGCAUCGAUUUCGUCCGCAGGUUUGGCUAUUGGUGGAUUAGCUACCUCAUUCUUUUUCCCUCCUGCAGCCCCUCUUCUCUUCUCUGCUGCGGCUUGGACAGGUGCAGGUUCUGGAGCUUAUUCGGUGGGAAGAAAUGCAUACAAGCUUUACGACAGGAGCGAUCACGAGCAGUCUAUCAACCCUUUAACCGACCCUGAGGCGAGAGGCUGUUGGUUUGCCUUUGUUGGCGGAGGUAUCGGCAUGGGAUCAAUGGGUCUUGUGAAAUAUAUGUCUCAUCUUGCGCGCAACGGUGAAAUUGCGUCUAAGGCCCUUAGAGUUGCCUACUCUUGUUUAGAGGGAGGCAGCUUGACCAUGAAUGGCUUGGGAAUUAUUUCUCAGGUGUAUGACUUGAAAAAGAAGGAAAAGGUGACUGUUAUGGAUGUCGUGAAUCUAUCUACUUCCAUAUUGUUUUUCACUCACGCCUGUGUUAGUCUCAAGAAAGCGAGCACAAUCAUCGAAGAAGUUCAGUCCUCCGUUUUAUCCGACAUCGAGUCUUCUUUGCCGGCACGUCGCCGCAGAGACUUCCGAGAACUUUGCAACGAUAGCGUCGGCAGUAAUAAGAUGCAGGGGAACGCUAAAGUCAUUAAGUCGCUUUCUUAUGUUAAGAACCCCAAUAAGUUUUUGAAGAGUGUGAUGUAUGUCAAGAGGAAAGCUGGGGUUGAUCACGAUGUUAAACUCGCCGACAAAGGGCUCAUCUCUAUCAACGAUCAGCUCGACAUUGACCCGAAGAAAAUGGGGUACAUGAGCAAUAAUUCGCGACAAAAAAUACUAAAGAGCACAAAGAAGUUGCAAUCAGAUGCCAACUAUGCCAACAACUUCGGUGCAGACAUGAAACAAAUUUUUAUGAAAGAGCGCGUCAAUGUCGACGCAAACAGGCGCAAAACUGUUUCUAAAUUGGAAGAGCUGCUGGGUGUUAACGACCUCGAAGAGUUCAAGCUGAAUAACGAGAAAAUUUUCAAGGAUCUCCGUCCCCAUCAAAUUGAUCGUUUGGGCCAACUCCUGGAGAAGAGCGAUGAAAAAGUGCUGAAAGUCGUAAAAGAGUUUGCUUCCAGGACCAAGUGUAAAAACUUCUCGGAUUUCUGCAACAUGAAAGAGUUUGUGGAUCAGUACACGCUCAAAAACAGCGUCAACCUCACUGAUUUGCCAGAAGAGCAACGAUUUGGUCAGUUUCUGUCUAAGUUAACUGAUCCGAAUUCAGGCGCUUCGGCAGACAUGCAGCUAUACUUCUCUGAACUCAAGCAAAAAAUUAGCGGUUUCAACGCAACUUUACCUACACCUUUUCCUAGUGACAACUCAGCGAUUACACAUUACUACAAGCACAAAGAUGUGGGAGGGCGGGAGUUAAGCGUUUCAGAGUACUUCACAGCUCUAAAGAACCACCUCGGCAGCACAACAUUGCUCACAGAAAGUGUACUCUCACAGGAGGGUAACAAGGUCUUCAUCACCACCAAGGAUCCUGCUACCGGUUUCAAAGCAAUUACUAUACAAAAUGUGGGCAACCCUGCCGAUGCGAGGGCGAAGAUAGCAACAUUCUAUUACGACGAACGCGUUCACGUGUGAUAAUUUGAAGCAUUAAAUUUCCAAUCACAUGUUACUAGUUGAAUUGAGGAAUUAUACAUUUUCAGUAUGAACUUAUGAAGCUUUCAAAUAUUUACUUAUAUUUUAGUUACUAAAUAUAACUAAUGUUCAUCCUAAAUACCCUAAGUUUCUCUAACAUUAUUCAACCUGUAUUUUUGACGAAGUUCUGUGUUCCUCAAUUUUAAUCUUGUUUGUAGAUCUUCUGGUCGUAAUUUUUUUUCAUACCAGAGUGCUUUUUGAAAGAUUUUCGGUAAGCCUAAUUUCUGUAAUUUACUUGCAUUGUCGUUUCUUCCGAGUUCAGAGUGGUUCCCAGCUGGGAGGUAAUUAAUAAUUUUUUCGGGGUGAUGGAUUGGUAACAAAAAUGAAAAUGUAUUUCUUUCUUUAGAACACAUUCUUUAGUUCAUGAUUCAUAACAUUUUAUCUAUUUUCAUAUAAUGCCUUAUUGAUUUUCGCGAUUACGAGUUCAUCUCUGUACAUGAGCUGCAUGCAUAAUCAAUUUAAACGAAACCUGUAUAUAUGUGAGAUAUGGUUAUUUCAUAAAUUUUUCGGUGGACUUUAUUAGCCUGGAAUCUUUCAAUUUUAUUCAGUAUUUUUUCUGAUUAGAAAAAUAUUUUUAGUAUAUUUUGAAGCUAUAUACACAAACUGGCUUCCUCUUAUAUACUCGUGAAAUGCUAUUCACUGCUUGCUACAGAGUUGAACUUUUAUUGCAACUACGAACACUUUUAUCCAUCAAUAUAAUUUGUAAGUUUAUCCGGCAUUUAAUUAAUCCUCAUAUAACCUUAACACAAUAUGUCCUCUCGUCGACAACAUUUGUGUAGAAUAUUUAGGGAGCAAUUCCUGAAUAGUUCUGAUAAAAAUCCAAAUUGUAUUGCCUUUGUUAAUGCAUCAAGUAACUAUCCAGAUAAUUCAAUACAUUGAUUGAUUUAUAAUUU